AUGUCGACCGAGUCUUUCCAGGAAAUGAAGUACAAGGCGCCGGACAGAAGGGUGUUCAGUGCGGUGGCGCCGCCGAGCUCGGUCGCCCGGCCUAACUACCACGACGCGUUGCGGAGAGUGGCGGUGGUCGUAUACCAGCACAUCAAGACGUGCCAGUGGAAGCGAAAGAUGGCGGAGGAGAGGGAGAGAGCCGCGGCGGAGACGGAGCCGGAAGGCUCUCGCCAGGACAACAUGAAGUCCUGGCGUCGGUCGGCACCGUCCUUGGCCGCCCUGAGGAGAAACGAGAGCGCCUUGUGGGGGGAGGGAGGCAGGGACGGAGCCCGCUGGGCUGGGGGGGGGGGGGAGCCGCCGUCCGCGGAGGUGCACGGGUUCAACGCGAAGAUGGCGGAGGCGUUCGACGAGCAGCAGUUCGUAUCCCCGACUCUCAGGUACAACUUCAUGCACGCGCCGACGAUGGCCCUGCCCGGGGUGAUGUUCACCCUGCGAGAGGUGCGAUCUCCGCCAAAGGCGCCUACGGUGGACGAGAUCUACGAGUUCAUCAAGACCCUGUUCAACAAGGCGCAGCUCAGCAGCGAGUGCUCGCUCGUCUGCCUCAUCUACGUGGAGCGCCUAAUGGAGACGGCGCGCGUCCCGCUGCUUCCCGGCACCUGGAAGCCCGUUCUGCUGUGCGGGCUCCUGCUCGCCUCGAAGGUGUGGCAGGAUCUGAGCAGCUGGAACGUGGAGUUUUCCACGGUAUACCCCGAGUACUCGCUCAAGAACAUCAACAGGCUGGAACUCCUCUUCCUGGGAGCCAUGAAGUGGGACAUGUCCAUCUCUUCCAGCCUCUACGCCAAGUACUACUUCGCCCUCCGCUCUCUGACGGAAAAGGAAGACUUCCGGCGCCGUUACAACCGCGUCCUCCAGAUUGACGCGCCGCGAGCCCGCAUGGUGGCCGCGCGAGCAGAAACGGUGAAGCGAGAGGUGAUCACGACUCAGUCGGAGAUGUGCAUGCUCUCCAAGAGCCUCUGA